AUGUGAAACCAGGAGUAAUAUUGAGAGUGACUGUCAAUGCAACUAUAAGCGAAUCGGGAACAACAAGUACUGCAGAGGCCGCUGCUAAUACUGUCUUCAGUAAAUUACCGUAUUUUAUCAUGAACAUCACUGAACAAUCAGCAGACGGGACAGUCUAUGUUAACGUAGGCCAAAUCGUGCACCUUAACCUUGUCGUUGAAUUUCCACAAGGCACUGCAGAUCCUACGAUCGAAGUUACAUUGCCGUACAAUUUCACAACCAACAAGACAAGCGAGCAGUGGAGCAUAUCUAAAGUUGAGAUUUCAUCUGUAAGCAGUACACUGUCCUGUACUUACUCGACAGAGUUCUGUUACUACGCUCCACAGACACGGUACAUUGCCAAUGACGACGUAUUCGGUAUCUUGAAAGACUGGUCGGUGACAGAGAUCGAAGGAUCAAUUACUAUGAGUGAUCCAGAUCCGGCGAAAAACAUCCUGGCUUUAGAAGUGGACGUUCGACUGGAUGAUACGGACGCGGUGGUCAAUGGAUCAGAACACUGGCUAGGACUUGGAAUGCAGUUUGGAAACGAAGCUCAUAUCUGGGUUGGAGAGGUACCCGUAUAUACAAUAAUAAAUGAUACUCCAGAGCCGAAAAUGUCGUUCAAGAUAUCGUACUUAAACCAUUCGUUUUACAAAGGGGAUGAAAUAGUACUAUUGAUCUCGAUCUGGCAUGAUGACGAUUCGACAGGCAAGGCAACAGGCGUCAAGUUCACGCUCCUUACGUCAGCAAACAUCCCGUUUGUCCAAUUGGAAUCGGAGUACACUGAGCUGCUUCAAGCACCAGAAAUAGACAGUGUUAUAAACGGCCCCACCAACGUACGAAUCGAGCUUGGAACCAUUCAAAUCGCUGCAACGCCAACGUUUCGCCUGCGGCUUGCAAUCGAUCCGAAUUCUGCGAGCACCGCUGGUGUGCAUCGUUUCGUAGGUGUCGCUGAUCUAGUAUGGUAUUCAGCCGUUGACAAUUCGAACCUACUAAGUUUUACGGAUAUUUUCCAGUUUCAGUACUCAGACAGACCCGAUGUUUCUGGCGAUCUAUGUCGAGAUGGCUACACACCCUACAUGGAAAGCUGCUACAAAAUGAACGUUACGGAGAAAGACUGGGAUGGCGCGAAAUCACUGUGCGAGGAUGACGACUCUGAAUUGGUGAUGGUGAACAACGAGUUUGAACAACAGUUUCUACGUAGUUUCAUUCGAGUGAUGUCGCCAUAUAAAUACUGGAUCGGUCUGAAGGAUGUAGGGAAUACAAACGCGUUCACUUGGACGACGGAUGGCUCGGCACCUACUUAUGAAAAGUGGCUCCCAAGCAGACCAGGAACUAGCUCGACCGAGAACUGUGCCGCAAUGGCCUUUGUGGAGGUUUACGACACAAGAGAUACUGGUACGGAACUCGGUGAUUGGGACAUUGUAAACUGUGACAGUUUGCUACCUGCUAUUUGCGAGUACUCAAUGUUUGAAGACAAGCCAGCUGAAAACCCUGCAAAAGAGCCUGUGAUCAAAUUCAGCAAAUGGGCAUCAAAUCAGACGUGUUCAUGUCACUAUGACGGUGGUUCUAAUCAAUGCGACUGCUGUGUAACUGGUGCUUAUAAAUGCGAGAAAGGAAAUCACGCAGUAUGCGUUAGCAAUGCUGACGAAUGCCCAGUUUCAGAUUACUAUGAUCGAGGUUUCAUCAUCACCAGAAAAAUGAACACGAAUAGUGCUAACGUGAUUUUUGCUUGUGGACCAGUUUAUGGACGACUCUCGACGAAGGCUGUCCCAGCGUGUUACGUACAGAAUGACCCACCAGAUGGUCGCUGGAAAGCCCUUCCAAUGUACGUGCACAACGUGAUUGGAUCAGACGAAACCAAUGGUGUACUCUAUGGCAUUCACAAGGACAUGCGCAGCUAUAUGCGCAGCAAGGAUCAUGGUGCAACCUGGGAGGUCAUCAGUAAAGCUAUGUGGGAUUCGAUUAAGAGUCUAUCUGGCAUGAAAACCGUAGAGGUUAAUGCAGGCAACUGGGAGUACAAUGACAGCGGUUUGCUGUAUAACAACAACGUGAAAAUGAAAAAGGAUUGCUGCUAAAUUUACAGCCUGACUCGAUAUACUGAUACAGUUAGGCUAUUUCUAAUACAGCUUCGGCGGCCCGACACCAAACCUUAGUACAACUUCGGCGAAUUUAUGCAAGUUAUGAUUCCGUCCUUACAAUACUUUUUGUCGAGAACGAGUUAGAUCUCACAACAUCGAUAAAUUGAUACUUUGCUGUAGAUUGUUAUUACAUUGAUACAUUUUACAUUUGAAAUACAUUAGUAUACAUACUACAGACACACUCCACAAUAUCGGUGUGUUUUAUAUACGUUAUUAUGCACGAAGACGAUGUUACAUUUUUAUUACACAACACUCUUUAUUAGCAUUCAAUUAAACAUAUUUUAAACAUUGUGAAAUAAUGUCAGUCUAAUUAGGCUCAUACAGUGAUAAAUGUGGUAUUAUAGGCCUAUUAUUAUUAUUAUCUUUAUUAGUAUUAUCAUGAUUAUUAUUAUUAUUAAUAUUAUUGUUAUUAUCAUUAAUAUUAUUGUUGUUAUUAUUAUUAUUAUUCAUUCAUUCCUUUAUUUUAGACAAAAGUCCAUCUUAUAAACAAAUAAAACAACAAAGCAACAAAACAAACAAAAUGCCAUGCCUUUAAAAAAAAGUUCUUUUUGUAAUGCUCAUGGAGCUGGGAGCAAAAAAUUCCGGAAAUUUCAUGUGUCUAGGGUGGUAUAGCCGCGACCGGCCCUCACUUUCGCCCCUCCCCCCCCACUUUCGGACAUCCUUGGAUCCGCCCCUGAUAUUUAUUAAUAGGAGUCUUUUUUUUGUGAUCUAAUUUCCGAAUUGACCUGGAAACAAUGUAGUUAAAGAUUAAUAUAUCAGCAUUUUAGCGCAUCCUUGCACGAGAAAAGCGUUCAUAUUGAGCCAACCGGUAAUCUUUGGUUCUGAAGAGGUGUCCGAGGUUAAUUGAGGAUAACAGUUGAUUUACCUUUUAGCAGCAAUUACAAAAUUGAAAGAUUGAUGUACACUUUAAACUCAAAAGGUUGGUGAAAUAGUAGUCAAUGCUUCUAAUCCUACCUAGAUCGUAGGCCUACAUUAUGAAUUUACCGUGUAUCUGACAAGUGACGUACGUCACAUUUUACGAAUGCGUAUUUUCAUUUAGAAAGCAUUUAUAUUGAGAUUUCUGUACUGUUUUGUCGCAUUUAUUAAAUCUACUUAAUGUAAAUUAAUAUUUCAUUAAUAUAGAUUGUCUUCGUUGAGCUGAUUUUUAAAAUUGUCUAUUCUGUAUUAUAAAGUAAGUUAUUAAAUUUAGAUAAAAAUAUAAUUGUAUAUUUCUCGAAAAUUAACACAGAUGCAUAUAGAUAUCGUUUCUAUACUUUGCAUAUUCGCCCACCCAUAAACGGCUUUCGCAUUGUUAGGUUUUACUUGUAAAUUAGCAAAAUCUGAUUUGAUUAGGUCUGUGAAGGUAGUUAAUAAUCUAAACUAUUUCAUUGUUAAAUUGAUAUUUUGAAACACUAUCUUGAAUUAUGUGCCCAAUUUCCCUGGCUAUUAUUUUGAUCAAUAUGCUAAAGGACGUCACCGUAAAUACACGAUUAAAUGAUAUUUCAAAUCAAACCAAACCAAAUUUCGCAUACGUACACCAUUUUGUUUGACGAUUGACGGAAACUUAUUUUAUUAUCCAUUUGAGUGGAUGUAUCCAAAUCCAUUUUCAUAAGUAUGUUAAGCAUUUCUAGACAACGAAUAAGAACAAGGAGUUUAUAAAAUCACAAUAGAACAUUGAAUUUAAAGAAGCUUUAAUAUAUGAGCAUCUGAUCAAAUUGAAGAGUGUUAACAAGCAAAGGAACAUGAAAAUAGCAAUAUAUAUUUUAUAGUUUAUUUUGUAAAUUUAAUAGACAACACGAAACAUUACUUAGUAUUAUAAAUUGAAAAUGUACAUUUAAGAGUCAAGUCAGUACCAAUCUGGAAAUGGGGAUGUGUCAAUACUGAUACUGGUAAUUUUAUGCAAGCGUGUACUCAGAAUUUAUAUUAAAAGCAAGUUGUUUACAGGGAUGCAAAUCGUGCCUAGCGAUUAUAGUAAUAAGUAAUUUAUAAUGUUAUUAUAUUGAACUACAGCACGCUCUAAAUAAAAGACGCAUUUACAUGUGAAAAAUUUCAA